CACAAUUUUAUCAUUAAAAGUUAUGUAACUAAUUUUUAUUAUUGUUUAUAAUUACUACUAUUUAUUGCAGACAUUUAUAAAUUUUAAUUCGUUAUAAAUCAACAUUUUUUAUUUAAGUGUUCGCAAUAAUUCUUAAAUAUGGAUGGUUUUUAUGGUAAUUCAUACCAAAGCAAUGGAGGUGAAAAAGACUUUCAAAAAUUAGCUCAAUUGAUUGGCACAAACAUACAAAAGAUUUCACAAAAUGUGUCAUCGAUGAAUAGAAUGGUCAACCAGUUAAGUACUAUGCAUGAUGCUACUGAAGUGAGAAAACAAUUACACCAAAUUUCACAUUACACACAACAGUUAUCUAAAGAUACCAGUCAUAGUCUUAAGGAAUUGAAUGAAAUUCGUUCAUAUAGUUCUCAAGUUGAUCAAAGACAGUUGAAAAUCCAAAAAGAACGUUUAGCAGAAUCUUUUACAUCAACAUUAAAUGCAUUUCAAGCAAUUCAACGUAAAGCAUAUGAUAAAGAAAAUGCAGAACUUCUCAAACGUACUAAGGCAUCAACAGGAAUAUUACCUCCACCACCAGGUUCCAAGAAUCAUUAUGGUUAUUCUCAACCAUCUGAUAGCCAAUAUGAUCAAACUCAAAUACAAAUAUUAGAUGAAGUAAAUUUACAAGUAGUUGAACAAGAGCAAGCAAUUAGGCAACUAGAAAAUGACAUUAGUGAUGUGAAUCAAAUAUUCAAAGAACUAGGCACUUUAGUUCACAAUCAAGGUGAAGUUAUUGACAGUAUUGAAGCCAAUGUUCAAAUAACAGGUGUUUCAGUUCAAGAGGCAACUAGUCAACUUAGAAGAGCAUCAGAGUAUACAAAUAAACUAAGGAAAAAGAGAUGUUAUUUGUUAACAAUUUGUGCAGUAAUAUUAAUUAUAAUUAUUUUAACAAUUUAUUGGGGUACAUAAAAGUAUUUUUGAUCAUUAUAAUUAAGUAUUUACUUUAUUUAUUGUUAAAAUAAAAUAUAUUAAAAGGUAUAAAAUAAAAAAACUAAGAACUUCAAAUAAAUAACAUAACAUUAAAUAUAUUUAUAUGUAUAUUGUAAAAUUAAAAAAUAUUUAUACUUAAGAAAAAUAAAAAUAUC